AUGCAGAAGAACGUGUCUCUCCUACUUAUUUUAAAAAAUUGUCUGGAUUCUAUGGUGGAGACAAUUAAAGAAGAAAUGAAAACGAAUGCAGAAGAAAUUAAAGUAGAGAUUAAGGCUAUAGUCAAUAGACUAAAUAGUCUAGAAGAAAAAAUUGGAGAAAUGGAAGCAAAGCAUGACAAGAUAAAAUCAAUACAAAUAGCUAUGGAUAAGAAAUUCAUCAGAAUGGAAGAUAAACUGGCAGAUUUGGAAGACCGUGCCAGAAGAUACAAUUUAAGGUUCCGUAAUAUCUCGGAAGUGACCAGUGAAAGUUACAGACAUAUCUAG